AUGCCGAUUCUCGACCGGUGUUGGAAUCCCUUGAUGAUGUAUCACUUCACCAACGUGAGGUUUGGGAGCUACUACUGCGCCGUCUACACCAUGGUCCUCCAUAUCGUAUUCAUUUUCUAUGCGAUAUACGCAAUUCAAGGCGGGAGAACUGAAUGGUUCUUUUCUCCCUACUUCGAAUACUCACAACGAGGAACUACUGCAGCUGCGAGUAUCACCAUCGUACUCUGUCUCAUCUUCCUUUUCUUCACGUUCCUGUUGUGCAGAGGCGUGCGGAGGGAUAAUCGGUGUAUGUACUUCCCAUGGAUGAUGGGUAUGACGAUCGAGAUUCUGUUGAUGAUCGGUGUGGGGCUGUGGUACAUCGUGCGCUACUACCGGAACCUUUUCUCUGUGCUCGCCGCGAUUCUACUCUGGACCAUCGACGGAUUUCACAUUUACUGUCUCCUCAUCGUGAUAUCUCAGUACCAGAUCGUGAAGAACUUGCAGGAACCCAAAUUCGAGUUUCUUUAUCCCUGA